AGGAAAAUAUGUUGUGUAAUAAAUGUGACGAUCGUGAAAAAUGUUUCGAAAAAUUCUAACAAUUUUCAUCAUUUUGCCGUGCGCAAUAAAUUCCUUCCAAAGCCAUUUUACGUUCACUAAUGGGUUUGGUCACUGUCUAAAACAGGACAAACCAAAUCUAAUAACAUGUGCUGGACAACAAGCUCUCGAAGCACUUCAACAUAUUAGCAGCAUCAGCAACUUUACGCUUACUGAAGGCGUGAUUUUUUCAAAGGAUGAAACAUUAAUGGGACGCAGUUCUCCCAUUAACUUCCUAGAUCAAGAUCCCAAUGAUUUCCGAUCCCUUCUUGAGAAUGCUGGAGCAGUAAUGAGUGAAAGAAGUUUACAAUGGGACAUGAGUCGCUUCAUCCCCGGAUUACAAUUAAGAGUUGGUCCAAGUAUAACUGGCGGAUUACUUGAAUUUGUCAUCGACCCCAACUCACAAUACGACGAACGUUCUCACGGUUACCAAGAAGAAAGCACUGCACGAAUCAUGACGAAGAAAUUUGUGCUGCCAUUUCUAUUGGGAUUAAAAUUCAACCUUGCAACACUUCUUCCACUUAUUCUUGGGGCAAUCAUAUUGAUUAGCAAGAAAGCAGCCUUUUUAUCGAAACUCGCUCUUUUCAUUUCGGGAUUCUUUGGUUUGGGUGGAAUUGCAACGCUUGGCUCAUUAGGAAGUGGAUUGGGUGGGGGUGGAUAUGGCGGAGGCGGAUAUGGUGGUUAUGGAUAUGCCAGUCCUAUCGUCCAUCAACCAGUUGGUGUUUAUAAAGUGCUUGAAAUCAAUACUCCAAGAACUGAAGAAGAAGAAGCAAUCGAUCAUUUCUACGAUUACGAUAAAAAGCAUUUGUUGAAAGACCGAGCUUCACGCCUACACGAAAGGAAACUCGACCCCGACAAAUAUUUGAAUUUCAAACCACAGAACCAAAGGUCUUUUGCGUGGGCAACUAAUCCGAAUUGA